AUGCAAGGCUUUAAUAAGGCAAAUUCAUUAAAAUAUAUUUAUUAUCCGCCUGAUUAUGACUGGAGACAAGGAAAAGGUCUUAAUAAGCUUCAGGGUACUCAUGCAUUAGGAAAUAGGGCUAGGAAGCUUGAUAAAGGAAUUUUGAUUGUGCGUUUUGAAUUGCCUUAUAAUAUAUGGUGUGAAUCAUGUAACGCACAUGUGGGACAAGGAGUACGAUUUAAUGCAGAAAAAAAAAGAGUUGGAAAUUAUUACAGUACGCCAAUAUGGAGUUUUAAAAUGAAAUGUCACCUUUGUUCUGGUCUUUUUGAAAUCCAAACAGAUCCUAAAAAUACGGAAUAUAUUGUAAUUAGUGGUGCAAAAAGGAAAAAUGAAGAAUGGGAUUCAUCAGAAGUGGGAAUUGUUCGAUCAAAAGAUGAUCUAGAUGAUGAUUUGAAAAAUGAUCCUUUUUAUAAGAUUGAAAAAAGUGUAACCGAUAUAAAUAAAGCUAAAGAAUCAGUUCCUUUAUUAUCUCGAUUAUAUAAGCUCAACGAAAAACAAUGGGCAGACCCAUAUACAGUGUCUUCACGUUUGCGUAAAAUAUUUAGAGAAGAAAAAAAAAUAUUAAAAAUGGAAAAAGAAAAAGAUGAGGAAUUUCGAAGACUUAAUUCUCUUUCAAUUAAAUUGGCUAAAGAAGAUCCUCAAGAUUAUUUACGUGCCAAACUUGUGGAUUUUAAAUCUCAAGAGAAAAAUUUGAUUGAAACAACAAAAAAGGAAAUACAUUCUUUACCUUUUUUUGCACCAAAAGCCUCUCCCGUUUCUAUUCAUCAUACUUCAGAUAAGCAGAAUAUUGUUAGACAACUAAAAAUAAACACACGAAUUAAAAAAGACCCUUUUAUAUUUCAAAAUAAUAGUACUGAACACAAUCAUAUAAAAUUGAAUGCAAAUAAUCUUAAACAAAUGCUUUUAAUGACUAACCAUAAAUCCGAUGGGCCUCAAGGUUUAGUUUCUUACAAAAGUGAUGAUUCUGAAUAA